AUGCCAGUUAAGAGGUCAAAUGAGAGUUCUGAAAUGGCAAAAUUUAGACGAGAAAAAAAUAGGUUGAGAAUGGCUAGGAAAAGGUCUGAAGAGACACAGAAUCAAAAGGAAGUUCGACAACAGCUGGACAGGGUCAGGACUGCUGUUAGACGGGACCAGGAGCCCGAAGACCAGAGGGAACUUAGACAACAGCUGGACAAGGUCAGGACUGCUGCUAGACGGGACCAGGAGCCCCAAGACCAGAGGGAACUUAGACAACAGCGGGACAAGGUCAGGACUGGGAUUAGAAGGGAGCAGGAGCCCGAAAACCAGAGGGAACUUAGACAACAGCUGAAUAGGGUCAGGACUGCUGUUAGACGGGAACAGGAGCCCGGAGACCAGAGGGAACUUAGACAACAGCUGGAUAGGGUCAGGACUGCUGUUAGACUGGACCAGGAGCCUGAAGACAAAAAGUUGAAAAGAUUAGCAUUAAUCAAUGGUUUUAGUUGA